AUGUUACAAGGUCCAACGCCUAAAUUCAGUGAUUCCGUUGCUGUAGACAUGAUCGGAAUCGAGAGUUUUUGUUUGCCUAAUCCCGGAGUUCCUUGUGAUUCCCGUGUCAAUACGCUACUUACAGCGGCGGAAUCAGUAGGUUACCCUCGAGUUUUUGCUAAUAAUUGGAAAGGUAACGAUCCUUGUAAUUCAUGGAUGGGAAUAAGUUGUUCAAACGAUGGAAGCAUCACUGUCGUUAAUUUCCGCAAAAUGGGUCUCACGGGUACCAUUUCAUCAAACUUUUCUCAAAUUAAAUCGCUACAAAGAUUGCUUCUUGCAGAUAAUAAUCUCACCGGAGUUAUACCCAAUGAACUCAAAGAUUUACCUAAUGUUAUUGAAAUAGACGUCUCAAACAAUCAUCUUUCCGGUCAAAUCCCACUUUUUAGAGAAAACGUAAUUGUAAAAACCGAAGGAAACACCAAUAUAGGGAAAAAUGGCCCUACUGUUACAGCGAUUCCACCUUCUAAUGGUGUAUUCGGCAGUGGCGGCACUGGUGGCAAAACUCCGGGCACUCUGGUGGUUGUGGGGUCUUUGAUUGGUGUUGUUUGUGUGGUUUUCUUGGCCGGAUUGUUAGCUUUUUGUGUUUACAAAGCAAACAAGAAUCGUUCUAGUUCUAGUGGUCCCGGUAAUCCGCCAUGUCAGCAUACAAUGGUGAUCCACCCCCGCCACUCGGGAUCCGAUGGCGACAGGGUCAAAAUCACGAUUGCUGGUCAAACUAACGCCGGCGGGUCAACCGAAACGAAUAGUCAUCAUACAAGUGGCGAUGUGCACAUCGUUGAAACGGGCAAUAUGGUAAUUUCAAUCCAAGUUCUAAGAAACGUAACGAACAAUUUUAGCCCCGAGAACAUCCUCGGAAAAGGCGGAUUUGGAACGGUUUACAAAGGGGAAUUACACGACGGAACCAAGAUUGCGGUCAAAAGAAUGGAAUCAGGAGUCAUGAGCGAAACCGGAAUCACCGAAUUCCAAUCCGAGAUCUCCGUGCUCACCAAAGUCCGGCAUCGGCAUCUCGUCGCCCUUCUCGGAUACUGUUUGGAUGGAAACGAGAGGUUACUUGUGUACGAAUAUAUGUCUCAAGGGACACUUAGUCAGUUUCUAUUCAACAAAGGGAAUGAAGAUUUGAAACCGCUUUUAUGGUCUAAAAGAUUGGUAAUUGCUCUUGAUGUUGCUAGAGGUGUUGAAUAUUUACAUGGUUUAGCACAACAAAGUUUCAUUCAUCGCGAUCUUAAACCUUCUAAUAUUCUUUUGAGCGAUGAUUUUCGCGCGAAAGUUGCGGAUUUUGGACUCGUUCGCCUCGCCCCAGAUGGUAAAGGCUCCAUUGCCACUAGAUUAGCGGGUACUUUUGGCUAUCUUGCACCGGAAUACGCAGUGACGGGUCGGGUGACAACGAAGGUGGAUGUGUUUAGUUUCGGGGUGAUCCUCAUGGAGCUAAUCACGGGGCGACAAGCACUGGAUGAAACCCAACCGGAAGAAAGCGUGCAUUUGGUUCAAUGGUUUAAAAAAAUGCAUAUAAACAAUGAUACAUUUAGAAACGCGAUUGAUCCAUCACUUGAGCUUGAUGAAGAUGGUUUAGCCAGUGUGACCACGGUGGCUGAGUUAGCGGGUCACUGCUGUGCCCGUGAGCCGUAUCAGAGACCCGACAUGAGCCAUGCGGUCAAUGUUCUGUCAUCUUUGGCUGAGCUAUGGAAACCGUCUGAACCAGAUCCUGAUGAUGUUUAUGGAAUUGAUCUGAAUACAAGUUUGUCUCAAGUGGUUAAGAAGUGGCAAGCGAUGGAGGGAAUAAGUGGGUUUGAUCAUUCGGUAGAGAAUUCACAAACAAGUAUUCCGAUUGGGCCUUCUGGGUUUGGGGAUUCGUUUAUGUCGCACGAGGGAAGGUGAGAUUUUAUUAGUUAUUUAAUUGGUUUGUUUGUUUAUUCUUUUUGAUGCUUUUUACUUUAUAAUUUAUCGUUUGUUUGAUUAUCAACCUCAUCAUGAAGAGAUGUUUGUGGUUUUGUUUUUGAACAUUUUGGAGUUGGUUUGAUUUGAUAUUUAUGAAAAGGGUGUCGUAAGUUACUUGUAUACUUUGAUUUUUGGUGCUAAAAUUACAAGAGGUGAUUCUAAUUUCUCUUUGGAUUAUUUGGAUGUUUUGAUACAAAUCCUUUUUAGAGAUAUAAGAUGAGAAAUGAUUCAUUAUGUAUAUAUCAUUGAUUUGUAUGAUAGCUGUUAGGGUUAAGGGUGUUGUAUUUUAUAUGGAUAGAGUUGGAGAAUCACCUCUUAUAAAAUUGGAGUUAAUGUUAUAAAAG